CGGAUCUCAAAGUCGCUUUUUAGGGCGUUCUCCAGGAAAGCUCCCAGAGGGGGCCUCCAGGAGACAGCGGUUUAGAAUCAGGCGGGGCGCGCUGUGUGCAGGUGAAGACGACUGAAGCUGUCCUCUUUUCCCUUGCCUGAAGAUGUACUGAAAUUACUAGUAGACACCCGACAUUUAAGUCAACCUUAGAAUAUGGGAAGUGAUUUAAACAAUUGUAAGCGAAAGUCUUGAAUCUGAGCUCUGAUGCUGUCUGUGAUCUUGAGCAACUCACUUGACAGCUUUGGUUUUCUUCCCUAUGACUCGACAUAAUAAGAUCUACCUCAUAGGCAUUGUGAGGAUUAUAGGGAAUAAUUUGUGAAGGUGUCAAAGAGCAAAGAGGUAAAAAGAGAAAAAAUGCUGCUAUGAAGAUAUAAUUAUAGCUUUCACAUAAAUGAAGUUACAACUAUCAUGAUUUAGUGCCCCAAAAGGAAGAACUUCAGUGAACAAGAGAGGGCAUUUUGUGGGUAGUAGAAUGCUCCAGGCCUGGAAUUUAAACUUGAGCUACUGCCUGAAGCUAUUGAAUAAUUGAAGAAAAUGGAAUCGAAUAUGAUAUCAGCAUGGAGCAGUCCAGUGAUUCCUUAGGAGUCAACCAUAAUGAUUCCCAAGAGUCACAGACAGAUUCUCAGCUUCUAACGUGUAUGGACUCCAGGGACCCUUCCUUUGGACAAAAUGGUUCUCCUAGAGUCUUACCCAUUACUACUUGUGAAGCAGAUGAUUCCCUCACAUCACAGAAUGUGCCAGGGCCCCUGACUCAGACUCAGACUCUUUCUGCAGAGCAGUUCCAUCUAGUGGACCAAAAUGGGCAACCUGUUCAAUAUGAGCUUCAGUCCUUGGGGGAUUCUAACGCACAAAUGAUGAUUGUUGCCAGCCCGUCAGAAGAUGGACAGGUGCUUCGUGUAAUUCCAUCCACGCAGACAGGAAUGGCCCCAGUGGUUAUACCUCAGGGGCAGCUUGUGGAUGUGACUAGUCCUCAGGAUGUCUCUGAGGAGAAGCCCAGUGACAGAAAAUUACCUGUUGUAAGAGUGGAUGCUCUAGCAGACAACAGCAGCAGUUACAUUCUUCAUCCCCAAGCAUCCCUCACAUUGUCCAAAAAGACAGUGACCAGAAUGUUUGAAGAGCCCUUUCUGGGCCCCCUCCAGACACUUUCUUCUAACACACCCAUGUGGGCCUGCCGUCUUAGGAGCUGCGAGAAAAUUGGAGAUUCAUAUCGUGGCUACUGUAUAAGUGAGACUGAAUUGGAAAGUGUCCUAACAUUUCACAAGCAGCAAACACAGAGUGUUUGGGGGACCCGCCAAUCUCCGAGCCCAGCCAAGCCGGCUACACGCUUGAUGUGGAAAUCUCAGUAUGUCCCAUAUGAUGGAAUCCCGUUUGUCAAUGCAGGGAGUAGAGCCGUGGUAAUGGAGUGUCAGUAUGGGCCAAGGAGAAAAGGUUUCCAGUUAAAAAAAAUCAGUGAGCAGGAAAGCAGGUCUUGUCAGCUCUACAAAGCCACUUGUCCAGCCCGGAUUUACAUUAAAAAGGUGCAGAAGUUUCCUGAAUAUAAAGUUCCUACAGACCCUAAAAUUGAUAAGAAAAUAAUCCGAAUGGAGCAGGAAAAAGCCUUUAAUAUGCUAAAGAAGAAUUUGGUGGAUGCUGGUGGUGUUCUUAGGUGGUAUGUACAGUUACCCACCCAGCAGGCUCAUCAGUAUCACGAAUUAGAGGCUCCUUGCCUCCCUCUGUCACCUUCCCCUUUUCCUAUGUCUUCUCUUGAAGAAGAGGACAGUGCAGUUAGAGACGAGAAUUGUGCAUUGCCCUCACGUCUGCAUCCUCAAGUAGCACGUAAGAUUCAAGAAUUAGUGUCACAGGGAAUAGAACAAGUGUAUGCAGUAAGGAAACAGCUAAGAAAAUUUGUGGAAAGGGAACUGUUCAAACCUGAUGAGGUACCUGAAAGACAUAAUUUAUCCUUUUUUCCAACUGUAAAUGACAUAAAAAAUCACAUCCAUGAGGUACAGAAAUCCUUGAGAAAUGGAGAUAGUGUAUAUAACUCAGAGAUUAUUCCAGCAACGCUUCAAUGGACUACAGAUAGCGGGAAUAUUCUCAGAGAAACUGUGACAGUUACAUUUGCAGAAGGAAAUUCACCAGGAGAAUCAGUUACCAGCAAAGUGCAGACAAAUCAGAUAAGGAGUGCUUUGUCUCCAGAGCCAGCCCCCUUGCUUUCCUCAUUUGAGCCAAAAAUAUUUACACAACUACAGGGUUUGCAUUUUCAACCAAGAUUCACCUCUCCUGAUGGAUCACCGGCUCCGGUAUCAGUAAAUAACCAUCCGUCCUCCAGUCCUUCAAGACUUCUGGAUUCAGUAGGAAGUGCUGUAAUGAAUAAUAAUUCUCCACUGCUUGGUCAGAGUCAUAGUCUUCAGACAGAUUCAUGCCUAACACAAAGCAGUAGUGUUGCAUCUACUGUGGGCAACCUUCCAGGACCAGAUCAAAAUCUGGUUGCAAUGGACCAGCUGGUAGAAGUUGGAGAUGUUGAGGAUGCAGAGAAUCUGGAAGGAAGUGUUCAUCGGAUUCUCUUGGAAGAUGUGCAGAACAUUCCAAUACAGAUUAUAGACAGCCACUCAGCUCUCAUUGAAGAAAAUCCAGAAGGUACCAUUUCUGUGAACCAAGUUAAGCAAGAACCCAAAGAACCAGCAUUGUCUAUGGACACAAAAACAAUUUUGGACUAUAAGAAAUUAUCUACUACGUAAAUUAUUGAAGCUUUUCAGACUUUACAACUCUGGUGACUGCUGAUGUCAUAGAAAAGAAGAUAAUUUGGGGAGCUUUUUGAUAUCAGCAGAGGAUUUUUCCCCCCUAUUUUGUACUGAAGAUUUAGCUCUGGUUAGAAAGGAAUUUGAGUUGUAUUUAUUUUUCUAUGCCAGAGUUCUUACUGAAUCGAUGGAAUUAGAAUUUAUAGUAUUUCAAGGUAGAAACUGGAACUAUCAAUAUUUUCAUGUUAUUUUGGAGAUAUUUUAAAGGAGCCAGCAUUUGACAAACUGGGAGGUCCCAUCAAAAUCUGGUCACCCUGGAAACAGCGUGCUUUUCUGAGGCCCUUUGAGCCUCCUGCACAGGGUCUUUCCAAUGAUGAUGGCGAGUUUUUUCCAGGAGAAAAAGAAGUUGGUCACCUAGGUUAAGUGGAGCAAUUAAGACCAUAUUUAGUAUAAUUACAGAGAGAUGUGAAUAUGUAUGCAAUAUUAUUGCUCUGGUUUGUUUCUUAAAGAAUUGUUGCACUUAAGAUGGUAAAUUCAUGGAAUGCUGAAGUGGCUUCCUAAAAGAGCUGCAGCAUGAAAGGAUGGGUGCCAUCCUUGAACGUGUAGUAUAUGCGUCAAAUCAGAGACCUCUGCAUGGUGCUGUGUUCCCAACAGCAAGACUACAUGGGGCAGAAGCAGGAGUGGCCCCAUUUACCAUCAUUCCCAAUGACACACUGGGAGAUUUUAUGCCUCUCAUCCCUUUAACUCUGGGCUCUGUAGGGUUGGAGGUCCUGGUGCCCAAAGGGGGCGUAGUCUUGCCACGGGGAACACAAAGCUUUUAUUGAACUUUAGGAUAUGGCUGCUGGCAGUGCACUCUGAAGUCCUUGUAUCCAGACAUCAGCAUUCUGGCAGGGGUGCUCGACCCUGCUCAGCAGGAAGAGGACAUGUGGAACCCAGAUGAGCCAUUUGGGAACUUUUUGGUCCUCCUGUCUCAUUGUAGCUGUGGAUGGACGCAUGCAGCAGUCGUCAGCCUGAGAACAGUAUGAUGGCUCGGACCCCUCAGGAGUUAAGAUUUGAGUCACCCCACCAGUAAGUCCCCAAGUCUUACUUUAGAAUGAGGGAAAUCAGAAUAGCUAGUGAAAGAGGGAGAGCAUGAGUACCAGUUGUAACCCCAAAGAUCAACUGCAGUGUCAGAGGUCCCUUCUGAGUUUCCCCUCGGGAACACAGGCCCGCAGGAACCAUGGUAGACCUGCACCCUGGACCUGUGAGAAAUCUGUUCAGCGCAAGGGGCGAGCUGUAGCAGCUAUGAAAAUAAGCCACUCAGAGCUGUUUCUGCAGAGAAUUGACAGAUGGCCCCAGUUGCUAUGCUCUGACUCUACUGUAGUGCUUCUGCAGAAGCUGUGCUGCUCCCGGGCUGCUCCCAGCCGAUGACUGAGCAUGGCGAAGGUCCGAAGGCAGGCCCAUUUCUCUGAGAAGGAGGACUCUUGAUGGGUAACUUUGAUUCGAGGUUCCCCCAUCAGCCUUGCAGACUUUACUCAAUACCAAUCAGGUCCUUGCACUGAAAAACUCAAGCUAGACUCCAGAAACCUCAAAAGUAUCUCACCUUUGCCCUUACCCCUCAGAGAUACUGCUAAGAUCUGUCAAGGUAAUAUUCUUCCUACCACAGUAAGCAGAAAACUUAGUUUUGCUUUAUCAACAGGUUAUUUUGGUUGGUGGUAUUUUCAAGGAGUUGGCAUUCAACAGAUGAAAAGUGGCCAUCAUUCAAAAAAGCAGGGGUAAGAGCUUCAUAGGUAGAAGGAACAGUAAAUGCAAAGGCCUAGAGGUGGAAAAAAGUGUUAAAGGGCAGAAAGAAGGCCAAUGUGGCAUGAGCUUAGAGAGAGAGCAAUAGAGAAGAUGGUAUGAGAUGAGGUCAGGGAAGUAUAGAAAGCCCUGGAGUCCAUGGUAGUCAUAGGGUCAACUUCAUUCUGAGUACAAAGAAAACAAUUAGAGGGUUUUGAGUGGAGAAGUGACAUACCUUGGUUUCUAUGUUGUAGGAGCAUGAGUUGUGGAGGGACAUGAAUAGAAAUGGGGAGAGCAGUUAGGAGGUUAUUAUUGCAGUUACGCAGGUGAGACCUUAGGUGAUUUGGAACUAGAUUGAUAGUGAUACAGCAGGCAAAGAGAAAUGCACAAAUUCAGGAUCUGUUUUGGAGACAGAAUCAUCAGAACUUGCAGAUUGAUGGGCGGUGGGGGGUGGAGAUGGUGUGUGAAGGAAGAGGAGGAAUGAAGAAUGACUCCAAGGUUUUAGUCUCGAGCUGCUGUAUGACUGGUAAUGAAUUUUACCGCUUUGAGGAAAACUGAUGGGGACGAAUAUUUUCAGAAGAGAAAAGCAAAACCUCUCUUUUAGACCUGGCGAAUUUGACUUCCAAAUAGAAAGAUUAAGUAGGCACUUAUAAAGUCUAGAGAUCAGGACUGGAGGUAAACAUUUUUUGUGAUUUAUCAACAUGUGGAUGGUAUUUAAACUAGAGAACAGAGAGAUCACCUCAAAAGAAAAUGUAGAUAAAGAAGAGAAGAAUCCCCAGGAUCUAGCCCUGGGGCCCUCCAACAUUUAGGUUACCUAGAGCAGGAAAGAUGGCUAAGAAGGUAAAAGGAACACCGAGAAUGCUUCAAACUGGUCAGUUGAGUCUACUUUGGAACCUGUGAGGAAAUGGAGGGGCAGGAAGUACCUCAAUAUUAGUUGCUAAUUGAAACAAUCUCUUCAGUUCCUUAGCCAACAAAUACAUAUUGAGUAUUGUAAACAGGGGUGUCCCAGAAACAUUACAAUAUAAGGUAACCAGUCUAACUGCUGCUUAACAUACCAUACUUACAUACAACGCUCCCUUGCAGCGAGGGGCAUCAGAUUUCUAGGCUUGAUUACAAAAGUAUUUUGGAAAAGUCUGUCUUUCUGCUUUCUUGUCUUUUUUUUUAACCAACUGUCUUAAACUAUCAAUUUUUUGUUGUCUUUUAAUACAUUAUUCAAUUUUAGAUUUAAUAAACUAUUAAACUUCUUCACUUAUGUUGCUUUUACCUAAAAUAUGCUUAGAUGGAAUUAUGAAUUCUGGCUUUAAAAACAUGAUUAGAAUUAUGUAAAUAUGUUAACUCUCUUAAGGUCUUUCCUCUUUUUUUAGGUUUGGUUAACAUUUGAAAAUACACUGUAGUGUUUUGAUAUCAGAAUUACAUUCAUCAAAAAUAUGGAUGUAUUUAGACUUUCAGGAAGAAUUUAACCAAAGGAUAUAGGCAGAAAUAAAACAAAACAAAAACAUCUAGCUUGUAGUAGCUACAAAACAACGUGUGGCUUUCAGAGUAAAAGACUUCUAUAUCAGUUGCAUAAUAGUAAUUCUUUAUUCAUGAGGUCUUUUUAUUUCCAUGGAAACAUUGAGGUCGUUUUAAUUUUUAAUUACACUAGAGUUUACAGUUCCAUAGAUUUUAACUCUGUUGUAGUAAGCACAGAAGCUAGGGCUUUACCCAUUUCCACUUUAAAAAGUACAAAAGAAGAAAAGAUGGUUUAAAAUGACCAUGAGUUUCAUUCAGUUUCAAGCUUUAGCUGUAUAUUGAUUAUUUCUAAUUUUUCCUAAACCUGCCCUGCAAUUUUAUAUCCAAUUACUUCUUCUGUUUUUGUCUAUACCCUUCGGCUAAAAGUAUUUUCCCAGGAAGUAAACUAAAAUAGGAAACUCAGCGGGGAUGUUGGUGGGAUAAGUAGCACAUGAGGUGUGAGACUGCUGUCAAGUGACAGAAGGAGCAGAGAACUACUUCUGCCACCUGCUCAGCUCGGUAAUCUUGGGUGCAUGCCUUCAUUUCUCUGGCCCUCAACUUCUUCACCUGCAACUUGAGAGAGUGAGGAUGAGUGACAGAAUUCAAUGGUUCUCUGAAAUAUGUUGGCUCUAUGGAACCCAUGACUUUGUGGAAACUAUCCACAUGGCCCCGAUGUUGAUGACAGUUCUCAUGACGUGGUGUCUGUCACAGGGACUAGGUGCAGGUCAGGAACAGGAAGCUAUGGAAUGAGACAAAUUAUUCACUAAAUGGGUCUAAUACAGAUUUUAUAGCUAGAAAAUCUUUUAUUUCUUUUCCCUUUCUGUAUCAUUAAAUUUCCAGAUAUAGAAGUUUUACAGGUUCUGUUCCUAUUCGAUUAUGGUCAUUUUCAGAAUGCAAAGGGCACAGGGAAAGGAACUGACAUUUACUGAAUAUCUACUGUAUAUUAUGCAUUGUAUUUUCACAUAAUUAUUUUUCAAUCUUUAUAGCAGUCCUAUAAGCAGCAAUUACUAUUCUCAUUUUAUAAAUGAGAAUUUGAGACUCAAACGAGGAUAAUUCUGCCAAGUGCUAGUCAACAUUUGAAGAUACAGUUUAAAAUAUCACUUUGAAGUUUUACUGUGAACUGAGAUUUAGCUUCUUUCCUAUUUAUAUUUGCCAGUUGUCUUUAUCAGUAUUUUCCUACCUAUUGGUUGAGAUCCCUGAAGGGUUGUAGAUUACUUGCAGAGGGAUAUAAUAAUCUAAUACUGUCUCUAAACAAAUAAAUGACUUGCAUGUAUGCAUAUGAUUAUUUGUUCAACUGCAUUAAUAAAAAUAUGCAUUAA